AUGCAUCUCUCCCGCGGCGAGGCAGAGCGGCAGGUCCGCGACUGGGGAUUUCAGCACGUCUUCACUUGGGUGCGUCGUGCCAAUGCGCACUAUCCGCCGCACUCACAUGCCGGCCUUACUACGCAUCUGAUCCUCGCGGGCGAACUCACCAUCACCUAUCCAGACGAUGCGAAUCCACGCAAAGAAACCUUCGGCCCCGGUAGUCGACUGGACGUUGAUGCAAACAGGCGCCAUGAAGUAUUCGUGAGCAGUGCGGGCUGCACAUAUGUCAUUGGCGAAUGAAGAAACAAGUAGAAAAGUGAUUGGGCCCACAGCGGAUUGAGUGGAAGAAGUCAUUGACCCGACUUUCCCUUUCUGCGCUCUCUUCAAGUGCUAAGCCAAGCGUGC